CGAUCAUCCUACAGACACGAAAGUCGGUUUUGGCGGAGUUUUGACCAUCACCAACUACUGUUUUGCAAAAUGGCCGAAGAACACGAUGAAGCCCUCCGCGCUGCUGAAUUAAGAAAGAGAAGAACUUUCCGUACCUUUGCUUACCGCGGUGUUGAGCUUGAAAAGCUCUUGGAUCUUUCUGCUGAGGAAUUGAUUGAAUUGUUCCCUGCUCGUCUUCGUCGCCGCAUGCUCCGUGGUCUUGGAGCCGGUGCUUCUCGCUUCAUCAAGAAGCUUCGUAAGGCUAAGGCUGAGGCUCCUGUCAACGAGAAGCCUGCCGUUGUCAAGACCCACUUGCGUAGCAUGAUCAUCCUUCCUGAGAUGGUGGGCUCUCUUGUUGGUAUCUACAACGGUAAGCUUUUCAACCAAGUUGAAAUUCGCCCCGAAAUGAUUGGUCAUUACUUGGGUGAAUUCUCUAUCUCCUAUAAGCCCACCAGACACGGCCGUCCCGGUAUUGGUGCUACUCACAGCUCUCGUUUCAUUCCUCUCAAGUAAAAAAAUGGAAAAGAGGGUGUGCGAAAACAUGGAAAAAGCUGGAUAUAUGGUUGGGUAUGUCCGUGCCUUUGCUUCCUAUACGCCUUUCCAUGUAUUGUAUAUUCGCAUAAAAAUUUUUUCCCGUUUUCUAUGAAAUGGUAAAGUUGGCUCAAGUUUGAUGUAUUUGUGAAAGUGGUAUAUGAAUGUAAAAGUUGGAGGGUAGUAGUAUUGCAAAAGUAAAC